ACAGAAACCUCGGUCAGCCACACGUGAAGGCGUGCACACACCUUGACAGCCGCCCGCCACGGGCCUUUGCAGCCGCCGCAGGCGUCCAAGGGCUGUCUCUCGCAGCUUUACUUUUGGACCACGCGCCGCGGAAUGGGUUCGGCGCACCGACUCGAUGGCGGAUGAGGAGCUGCUGGAUAAGGUGCAUAGCCUCAGCGACCUGGAGCUCGCCGCCCUGCUUUGCCUUGUCAGCCGCGAGAACUGCCUGAUCAGCACAACGACAGAGGCUCUGGACGACCUUGUCGCGGAGCUGCAAUUAAUAUCCUCGCGCACCUUCGGCCUCAAGUCGGUCAUCGUCGAGUGUGGCCCGCACACCACACUAGAGGACUUUGCCACCGGCCUCCUCCUGCCGAGCCAGCCCUCCUCGCCCGCGACCGCCCGCACCGGCCUCCAGUCAGGCUCCGGUUCCGGCUCCCCGUACGCCCGUAGCGACUCGUACUUCCUCGCACACGCGGGCGGCGCAUCUCCGGUCCUUCGCCCGGGGGGCACCGCCGCCGGACUAUUGACCCCACCGGCCGUGGCAUCGGGAUCCUCGGCCCUCCAGCGGCCCACGCUGCUCGCGCCGUCUGUGUCUUCCGGCUACAACAGGAACAUCAACCACAGCAGCGCCAAUAGCAGCAACAAUGGCAGCGGUAGCGGAAGGCUGCACCCUGUCCCCGGCCCGGGCGCCAUAGCAAACGUGGUCAUCGCGCGCGGCCUUGACCGGGCUCCGCGCGCUGUCCAGAUCCAGGCCCUCGAGCUGCUACGCACCCGCCGCAUCUUCACCCGCACCACCGUCCAGGCCGCCCCGAAGCCCUUCCUGCUAGUUGCCGCCCUUGAAGCCCAGUCUGGCGGCCGCGCUCACGUUACGCCCCACCUCAACGACCACUUUUACAUCGCUCAUUGGCACGACCCUGAGGACGGCUUUGUGAACCUCGAGGAGCAGCAGCAGAAGGAAGCGGAGAUUGGUGCGGGCCUGGGAGGGCGCGCGGGUAGCUCCACAGACGGGGCCGGGUACGGCACGCAGCAGGUCGAGGAGCCUUUACUCUCUGAUGCUGACAUUGGUUCCCUAGCAAGGGCCAGUCAGGAAGUCCAGAUGGACAUUGACGUCCUCCGUUACCUCAUGAACAUCGCGUCUUUCCUGCGCGUGCACCGCGCCGUGGCCAGCGGCGUGACCCCAACAUCCACCAAACACUUUGAACGCCUGGCGAAGUGUAUGGCCGCCCUGCACCGCCUCGACUACGUCACCCCGUCCCUGGUGGCCAUGGCGGCCAAGAAGAUCUAUCUCCACAGGAUACGCAUCGUCGAGCCGUCUAAAGAGCGGAGUAUGCAGUGGGGCAGCGAGCUUUCCGCGAUCGAGACCAUGUUGGAAGAAACGGGACCGGAGGAAGUAAUGGAGGAUGUCCUAUCGGUAGUCACACCGCCACUGUGAUCACAUCUCGAUUCCACGUCGAGUAAAAUUGUGGAGUAGUCUGGAUAGAGACCACGUCUUAUUGUUUGGUAUCAGUGUAUGGAAACGGAUCUCGCAAGGGUAUUCUUAUAUAUGACCCCGUUUAAUUCUACAAAAUUGACACCCAAACGCCGCGUAAAACUAGCCCCAGCAAACGGCGAAACAGGUCUGUCGUUGCCA